CGGGCCGCCUGAGGACGGGGGCGCCUUGAUGCGGCCCCACACCUCUCACCCCGCCCGCCGCCUCCGAGCUCCGCGCGCUGCCCCCCAGCCCCAGCCGGGCACGCAACUUUGGAAGUCCCGCGGCGCUCCGAGAGGGCGGCAGAGUCCGCACCCCGGCCCCAGCCCCGGCCCCGGCGGCACCGCCGCGGUCUGGGGGAAGCAGGAGAGCUGGGAAUCGCUUCGGGGAUGUAAGGAGACAAACGUAGGACCCCAAGCCCGCAUCCGCACUCCUCGGCUGCCUCCCGGGGUGGGGGCGGGCCCCGCACACGGAGCUGGGAGCCAGAAGGCGCCCACCCCGGGCGUCCGAAGCGCAGACAGGGCGCCGUUCGCCGGGCCCAUGGGCCGCUAGCGACCCCCCAGUUCCGGCCCGACCUCCCUGCGGCCUUCCCCCCCCCCCCAUGUGAGGAGCCGCGGGGC